ACACUUAAAUUACUAAAAAUGGACUAAAUUAGUAUAUAGGUCCCUGCUAUAAGUCACACAUUUUCAAAAUAUUCUAUGUGAUGAUGUCUAAGCGUUGAUAUCUGCAGCUACUACAUAAAAAUGAAUAGCAAUGUUUUAUACAUCAAUCAACGAUUUAAUAUAUGACAGAUAUGGGCCUCCAUAUAUUUUGCGACAAGCUCCAAAUUGUAUUUCUGGUAGGAGUAACCCGGAAGCUAGCAACACGUAAACAAAAACAACGUGUUCUGUAUAUCGUCACUUUCAGUUUCGUGUUUACAUGUGGAUCGAUUUUUAGUAGGCCAGUUUUCUCAAGGAAUCAUUUGCCACUGUGGCAACGAAUAACGACCAAAUAUUAAAAGAUGGUGAAAUUUCGUGUUAUUGUUCGUUUUCUUUGCCUGGGUAUUUUCUUGUUUUCCACUUUCACCGUAACAGUUUCGUGGCAAUCACUGACAUCGCUAGUUUUAUUCUUGGUUUCCCUGUGUGAACUUUCUCCGUCAAAGAAUUCCAGUUCCUUACACGAAGACGAUCAUAAAACCACAAGACAAAUCGUCAAUGAACUUUACCCCCUGGUGGACGAAGAAGAACUGAGGAAGAGUAUACACAGGGCUGUGUUUAACUUCGUGACAUAUGAUGCUUCCAAGGUCCCUGCCAUAGAAAAUUUUAGACCCAUUCAAGAAAACACAGAGUGUAUAUUUGCCAGAAGAGCCAAACUUUGGGGAAACCAAGAAUGGGAUGAAGACUUAAGUUUAGAAGAAAAUACAUUCAGAAUUUUACCUUCCUUAUUGCACUUCACACUUGUCUGUCGUCAGUAUAAACUUGACGGUUUUCUGAUCGAGGUACCAGAUGAAUUCCAUCGGAAGGACAUACAGGUUUUUGCCAAGACCUUCAGAAGAAUACUCAAAGUGAUAUCAGACAACGACCCGAAGGGAGUGAGAUGUAUGAACAAAUCCUAUGUUGCAAAACGAGGAUGGGUUUUCGAGUUCAAUAAUGUGACAUUUUUCAUAACAACAUUUGGACCGUUUUAUCCAGAAACAAACAGUAGAUAUGCGUUUGGUUGUGAGAACUGCUUCAUUUUACUUCAGCCAGAGUUGAGUUUUGCUCUCCAUGAUUUAUCGCCAAGCAGUUCAGAGACAAACUACAAAAACCCCACGACAGAAAGGGACAGAAUUAGAUGUGCAUACAAGAACGCGGGCAGACCGUAUAUAAUACCACGUGAUAUUACUCAGCCAAUGGCAUGGGACAUGAUCAAGCCAAUUGAAGAUGAAAAUCCAAUUAUUCAGUGGUGGUCACAAUAA